GCGCUCAUGAUGCGCGCAUGCGCAGAUCACAUUCCUCCCGAGCAGCACUGUGGUACUGAGCAGAGUCUUGCUAUGAGUGCCAAAGCAGACCUGGAUGUCUUGCCACAUGAUGCAGAUGUCCCGUCUGAAAGCAGCGUCGCUCACGCUCCCAAUGACAGUUCUGCACAGUGGCUGAAAACCCAGGAUACUUCCACAAUCAUUUUUCCAGCUUCUGCGCAUCCAUUGCCAAAAGUGGAGCUGCCUCCAAAUGCAAUCACGGUGAUUAAAGGCAGUGAACUGGAGGCCGCAUCACUUCCUGCGCAGGUUGGAGGGACGAUUGUCCAUGUUCUGGGCUGGAAGGAGGGAAUGGCCAUCUUUCCUGGAAGCAAUCUGAAGGUGAGCAAAAUGCCUGCGUCUGUGUGGACCCAUAUACGAGAUCAUGCAAACAGUGUCCUUUGCAUGCAUAACUAUGUAACAGUUGUCUCUGUAGGUUCAGCAGAGAGUAAGCUAGAGCUGUGGUCCUGGCCGCAGUAUCUAGAGCAGCAGAAAGCUGUGGCCGCUCCAGCCAGACUCUUCCAGGAGACCCAGAGGGUUCCCACGAUUAAGAACAGCUUCAGACAGGGGAUGAAGUUAGAAGGCAUCGACCCCCAGCACUCCUCCAUGUAUUUCGUCCUGACCGUCGCUGAGGUCUGUGGCUUCAGAUUACGCCUUCAUUUUGAUGGCUAUUCUGACUGCCAUGACUUCUGGGUCAGCGCCAGCUGCCCUGAUAUUCAUCCCGCUGGAUGGUGUGAGAGCACAGGACACAAGCUCUACACCCCAAAAGGAUGUAAAGAAGAGGAGUUUUCUUGGUCCAACUACCUAAAAAUCACCAGAUCACAAGCCGCACCGAAGGAGUUGUUCUGUAGCUCAGUCAGACCAGAGACAGACUGUGGGUUUGAGGUGGGGAUGAAGCUGGAGGCCGUGGACCGCAUGAACCCCUCUCUCAUCUGUGUUGCCACGGUAACAGACAAAGUCGACAACCGCUUCCUGGUUCACUUUGAUAACUGGGACGACACGUAUGACUACUGGUGUGAUGCUCACAGCCCGUACAUUCAUCCCAUCGGCUGGUGUCAGGAGAGGGGCCUGCCGCUGACGCCCCCUCAGGAUUAUCCUGACCCUGACAGGUUCUCGUGGGAGAGGUAUCUGGAGGAGACGGGCUCGACGGCGGUCGCUCCUGAAGCCUUCAGAGUGCGCCCCUCCCACAGCUUCCAGGUGCAGAUGAAGCUGGAGGCGGUGGAUAAGAGGUGUCCGGGCCUGAUCCGCGUGGCUAUGGUGCAGGAGGUCGACACUUACAGAAUCAAGAUUCAUUUUGAUGGCUGGAGUCACUUGUAUGAUGAGUGGAUGGAUUCGGAUCAUCCGGACAUCCACCCUGCGGGCUGGUGUGAGAGCACAGGACACCCCCUCAAACCUCCACCCUGCCAGCACACCGCCCAGAAACCCGGUCUCCGGGAGAGCCUGACAGCCCCGCAGCCCAGCUUCUCCUCCAUGCCUUGUAAAAGUCUGCCUCAGCCACGCAGCACCUCCAAAUACAGCUUCCACCACAGAAAGUGCCCUACUCCAGGAUGUGACGGGUCAGGUCAUGUGACUGGCCGCUUCACAGCGCAUCACUGUUUAUCUGGCUGCCCAUUGGCUGAGAGGAACCAGGGCCGGCUUAAAGCGGAUCUCUCUGAUACAGAAGGAUCCAGACGUAACCUGCUGGUCUUCGGCCAGAGAGCAAAAAAAUCGCGCUACCAUGGCAGGAUUGGUCGCCCUCCUAAAUAUCGCAAAAGUCAGCAAAGAAAUUGUGAGAACAUGAUGUCGGAGGGAAUGUACUCGUCUCUCUUCAUGACAGCCUUUACAGCAAACUCGGACCGAACUCUGUCUCUCUGCUGGGAGCAGCACUGUAAGUUACUGCCUGGCGUCGCAGGAAUUCAUGCAGGUCAAGUAUCUACCUGGACUAUAGAGGAGGUCUUUGGAUUUGUCAAUAAUCUUAUUGGUUGCGAGGAGCAGACCCGAAUUUUCAAAGAUGAAAUGAUUGAUGGAGAGGCGUUCCUCCUUCUGACUCAAAAUGAUAUUGUGAAGAUCAUGAAUAUAAAGUUAGGACCAGCGCUGAAGAUUCACAACGCCAUCUUAAUGUUCAAAAGCACAGAUGAAGGCCUGAAGUGAGCAGCUCAUCCUCAGACUCCUCGUGCCGCACUGUCCAUUCAGAAUCUGCCAUCGAUCCCAUGUUUGGUGUUUACCGUCUGAACCCACCAGAGAGAGAGAGAAGUCCAGGAAAUAUCAAUGACAGAGCAGCCCAGCUGAGCUUCGACCUUGCUUUAUUUCAAAAGUGAAACGACACGUUCUGAUAAAUAACAACUUGAUCUGAAAGCACGUUUUUUGUAUCUGGAGGGCUAACUGAAAUCUACAUUAGUCCUCAGCAUGUAGUGGUGAAAUCGGUGCGCAGAAAUAUCAGGGCAGAUUUCAGUCGAUUUGUGCUAUACUGUGCCCUUUAUUCAAUCCCUGAUGAUUUUAUGCACUUUACAUGAAGAGCCUCUGUCCUUUAGACAGUCCGCUUUCUGAGCCAACUCUGACGAUUGCUUGGGGACCAUUAACAAUAUCUGCCCUCAAACAAAGUGCUGACAUUGUAGUGUUGAAUGAGAUUAUAGUUUUAAAUGAGCUAUUUUACGGAGAUAGUUUGGAUCGUCAUAUCAGUGUAAUUAUUUUUCAGUUGUAUGAAUGGAAACCCAGAGGGGUAAAUAGUAGUAAGUUAAGCGAGGUCAGGUUUUUAGGUGAUCUAUGUUUCUCUCUCUGAUGGGAAAAUUUUAAUAAUGUACAGUUGAGUAACUGUGUCGUUCAGUUCAUCAACAUGAAUAAAUGUUUAAGUACUGUAGUCUGGCUUCUGCUUGUGUUUAGUGGAGUUUGACAAACCCCUGAAUAUGUAAACUUGUGUAACGAGAGAGCUUGAUGAGGAUUUCUAAGCAACUAGAUUCACAAUUUUCAUCUGGCAUUUCAUCUGAAAGCUAGAUCUAAUGAACGAUUGGCAAACAGCUUCACAAAGUUGUGUGGUUGGAGCUACAGCUCUCGGUCAGUUUCUUGUUAGUAUACAGUGCUCAUCAGAUUACAACAAUUUACUUGUAAUUCGAUUAAUUUAUUUUAUAAUCAGAUUA